GCUGUUUCAUUCACCCCCGAUAGUUCCCGUCUUGUCAGCGCCAGCAAAGAUGGUACUAUAUGUCUCUGGGGAGUGAAGUCUGGCCGUUUGUUUCAGUCUAUCGAUGCUCACGACAAUUAUACCAAUGCCCUCAAUGUGUCACCUGGUGGGUCAAAGCUGGCUUGGGGGUCAGCCGACAAGACCGUUCGAAUCUGGGGCACGGGCACUGGCCAGCAGCUUUGGUCUCUUGAACAUGAGAGCGCGGUAAGGAUAGCUGCGUUCUCGCCUGACGGAACACGGAUCGCAAGCGGGACGUACGAGGGAUACAUCAGAGUUUGGGAUUCAGUGAGCGGA